AUGGUUGCUAUAAAGAAAAUAUUUCAACAGGAGAGGAAUGUCAGACCAUCAACGAGUCCUGGCUUCGCGCCAGAUGAUUCAUACUUGGGCUCUGUCGAGUCUCCUACUCGAUCAACCCAUCUAGAUCCCGGUCAUCUAUACCCAUCUCCUCCGUCACCGGCACUUCCAUCACCUUUCCUCAAAACAGGACGGUCUAUGGAUGUGUCUCAUCACUUUGAACAGAUUGAAAAACAAUUCGAAGAUCUACAUCAACAUCUUGGUGAUAGACCAUUCUCCUCACAGUCAUCCUUGGCGCCAAAUGUACCAGGCCGCUUUCCAAUUCCAAAACCAUUGACACCCAAUGCUCGACAUAUCGAUUUAAUGGAUGCUCUUGCAUCUGAUCCUUAUUAUCAGGAAACCACUCCCAUUUCGCCGCCUACCAGUCCAUACAAUGAAGAUGUUGCAGAACGAAAUAUGACGCGCUUCUUGCGCAUUCAAUACCAAAGUGGAUACGCUAGCUCUCGCAUAUUGUCUGCGUUGUACCAAGAAGAUGUGGCAGACAGAAAUAUUGCAAAAUAUAGUGGGCCAGCUCGAUCUUUAUCUGCACUGAGCUCCCGCUCCUCUCCACCUGCACCUGGAAGGGUACGCAACUUGAGCCCCAACACACAAAGACGCAAGCCAAAGAAACCAAAGAAACCAAAUUGGACUUCUGAUGGAGAUUUGCGCAACCGUUCCUCACCAGAUGGAUCCGCAACUGACGGUGAAGUUCGCGCCCGAAGAUCAGCACCGAGCUUGUAUGCGGAUGAGGACAUCGAAGAUGACGAUGACGAAGCUGCACCGCCAGUUAUUCAACGGUUGGGUGUUCCUCCCGCCCAUAAACAGGGCAAGAGAUGGAGUAAUACCCCAUUACCAGACAGCCCAACCUUACCCCCUCCAAUGGGCGAUGGUGAUGCCGAUGAAAAAACCAGUAAUUCAGGAACUCCGCCGAAACUUCAACAGCCUCCGUCUCCAACUGCGCGGAGCUCGUCAUUGACUAAAAGAUCCCUCUCUCCACCGGGAACAUCAUCAAGGAAGAAUGUUCGAGAUCUGUCAAUCAACACCCAAUUGGCUGCAAAGGGACGGGCAAAGAUUUCUCAUCGAGCUAUCCAACCUCCCACCCCCUCUGCCAGUGAUAUGAAGCGUGCACCUAGCAUUGCAGAGGUCAUGAACAGUCCAUUGGCAGUCACAACCCCAACACCUCCUCCACCUUCACCACGAUUCAAAGUUUCAGAGAUGAUGGAACUGUUCACAAAGGCCUAUAAAUCAUCACAUGCCUUAAGUGCACAUCCCACCUACGAAUCUCUUCAAGAUGCAAUUGUGCGCGAAAUUAAUUCCCAUGAUGCAUUCAAGCGAGUGCCUGUUCCUACUGCUGCUGGGCCGCUAUUUACACCCGCAGGCCAGGACUCAUUCGAUAAAUCCAAUCGUCCAGAAUUGAACCGCAGUGCUUCAGCUGGCCAAUUCUCAAAAAUCAUGACAAAGAGCUCCUUCAAGAAACACAAGCGAAACACGGAGUCAAGUCGCAGUAUCUCCUCCACCAUUCCUUCAAAGGGACCCGAAUGGCUUUUCCGCAAGGCUUCUCCCUCCCCUGCGCGCCGCAGACACACCGAUGCACCAGCCCCAUCACCCGGUCUCUUGGCAGAGGUCCAAGGCUCCACUGAGAAGAAGCUGCCCCAGACUUCAGCAGGAGAGCAAAUUAUCUAUAUGGAUGUCCUGAUGCGUGCAAGUCACGAUAAGGGCCCUACUUCCCACCCUGCUGUAACUACCACCAGCGCCUCCGCGCCGAAUACACCAGGAAAUGUCUACUGCAUGCAGGCCCAUUCGAGUCCAUCCAGGGAUAGCAGAAGUAGUCUCUCAGCUGAGGAUAGCGAUGAUGACAUCAUUCAUCUCCCCAGCGUCACUGCUCCUCCCCCUCGCGUGCAGAUCGAAGGCGUCGAUGAUAACAAUGUUCGCUAUGUCAUCGAUUCUUCCUCUGCGACUGAUGCUCAGAAACUCAUGAGCUGGCCACAGCGACUCCGUCGUGCCCAGAGUCCUCAACCUUUCUGCGAAAAUAGUCUCUCCCCACUAUCUCGUGCGAGGAUGCAGCUUCGUGGAACAAGGUCUGUUGAGACUUAUUAG